CGGCGCGCGACGCCAGCGAGGAGCCGGCGCCCGCCGAGCGGCUCAUCCACCCGCUGGCGGUGCACUUCAGCGUCGUGCUGCAGAGCCUCUCGAUCACGGCGGCGCUGCUGCCGUCGCUGCAGGCCCAGUACAAGAUGGACACGGUCACCAGCAUGGGCGUCACCGGCCCGCAGGCCAAGUUCACCAUCGACCUGGCGCGGCACGACCUCAGCUUCCGCACCAAGGUGGUGGAGGCGCAGAACCUGCCGUCGUCCGCCUCCGUGGCGCUGCCGCAGGUGCACAUAUCGGCGGACUACAUGCAGCAGGAGGCGGAGCCGGCGCCGGUGCCGGACGGCGUGGAGGUCUGUCCGGGCAGCUACUUCAGCACGGAGGCCGAGAUCGGCGCCCUGGAGCACACGCUCUCCACCGACCUGCUCAACCACCUGGUCUUCGUCCAGAAGGUCUUCAUGAUGGAGGUGAACGACGUGGUGCAGAAGAUGGCCGGCCUGGACAAGUUCAAGUCGUCGCUGCUGGGCGAGGAGGAGGCGGCAGAGCGGCCGGCGGCGCCCUCCAAGCGGCCGGUGCUGUACAGCCUGCGGCUCACCUUCCGCGGCAUACAGAUCACGGCCACCACGCCCACCAACUACGCCGUCCGCCUGGAGACGGGGCUGACGGAGCUGCAGCUCAGCAACAGGUACCAGCGGGUGGGCGCCGACCAGUGCCGGACGGUGCCGCUCUCCCGGCUGUACGGGCGCGCCGAGCUGCGCGUCAACGUCAGCCUGGGCCAGGUCAUCCGAAACGUCGUGUUCGAGGAGGCCGACGCCGAGUUCCACCAGUACGCCUACUUCAAGACGAAAAUAGGCCUGAGCAACACGUUCCACGACGGCGGCCCGGUGGCGGCGUCCGAGCCGGACAAGGAGGUGGUGCGCAUCGCUCUGCGCCGCCCGCUCGUGUACGUGCAGCCCAUGGCCGUCGACAAGGCCAUCCUCGUCUGGCUCAACUACCGCAACGCGUACGACUACUGGAGCGAGCAGCGGCGCACGCUCAACAAGGAGGUGCUGACGGCCACCCAGCAGGUGCUCGACAAGGUGCCGCACAUCAGCCACAUCAACGUGACCACGCUGCGCUCGACGCUGUUCCUUCAGGUCACCGUGGACGACCUGGGCAUCUGCCUGCCCAUCAACACGCACUCGCCGACGGGCCCCGGCCAGAUGGUGACGGACGCCGACUCGCGCGACGCGCUCGUCAUCACGCUGGAGGAGACGGCCGUGUCGGCCAUGACGUGCGACUCGCUCAUCUGCAGCGGACGCUUCACCGGCUUCUGUCUGCGGUUCGCGCAGGACUUCGAAACCAGCCUGGACGACUGGAAGCCCGAGGGUCUGUAUCAGCCGCCGCAGUCCGACACGACAGACCCGGCCAUCAUGAACCUGUGCGUCGUCUCGGAGGGCACGUACGAGGUGUGCAGUCGCACAGUCGGCAUCAACCUGGCCGCAGAGAACGCCAAGUGGGUGCUGAACGUCUCGUGGCAGAUGGAGGGCGUCGACAUCAACGUCGACAUCAACAUCGGGCGGCACCUGUCGGCGCUGGCCAACACGCUCACCACCUUCACCGACGUCGACGACGAGGAGGAGGAGGGCCGCCUCGACAUAUCGGAGGUGGACGGGCCCGUCAGCUGCCAGCAGCCCUUGCUGACCCGUCGCCGCACCGUGUCGUCCACGGAGCACCUGCACUCGGACCUGCUGCUGGACAUCAGCGACCCGCGCAAGCGCGCCAAGCUGCUGGAGAACAGGAUGAACGAACAGGCCAAGGUGGUGCAUAACCUGAUGCUGCACGGCGCCUCCAGCAAGAUCCUGGAGGAGGAGACACGCAAGCUGGAGGCCUUCGAGUCGGUGGUGUUUAAGGACUUCCGGCGGGACAUGAUGAAGCGGCUGCGGCGCCAGAGCAUCCGGGCCGGCACGAUGGCAAGCAAGGGCUCGGCACCGCCGCCCGGCCGCAGCCGGUCCGUGCACGGCCGCCGUGUCACGCGCUCACUGAACACGCCCGCCGACCUGCGAGACGGUAUCACCGCCGACCAGACCAGCAGCGAGGAGAGCGUGCUGCUGGAGAGGGACGAGCCGGUGCCGCCGCGCGUGACCUUCAGCGACACCCAGGUCCUGCUGAGCCGACACGCAUCCAUCGACGAGUCGGACGAGCCGGACCAGCCGGGACCGUGGAGCCGCCGGCCACCGCCGCCGCCGCCGCCUCGCGCCGCGGCCAGCCCCAGCAGCCCAGCCGCCAGCAGCGGCUCGCCCUCGCCCGUGGUCGAGGUCGAGGUCAACAGCGUGCCGAUCAGUCCCAGUGAGGUAGACGACGUGGAGCUGCGUCGGCCGGAGUCGGCCGCCUCCGUCUCCGCCUCGCCCACGACGCCCAAACAGCAGCCGGUGGAGCCCAACAUCCACUUCGAACUGGACGUCAAGGUGUUCGUGAGCUCGGGCCGCUGCGCGCUGCACACGCGCGACCCCGCCCACCUGCGAGCCGACUCGGACGACGUCGGCCGCGACUCGAAGAGGCGGGGUCGGCAACACUCUGGCUUCUCGGACGAGAGUACGCCGUCGUCGUCGCGUCGUCGCGGCGGCAUGCUCCACAGCAGCUCCAUGACCAGACUGAAGAAGGUGGCGCCCUCGCUGUCGGCCUCCAUCGCCGACCUCACCAUCUUCCACAUACCCGGUCUGGACGUCAAGCUACACUACGACUCGAAGAUGGUGAGCGAGCCGACGCCGCUGCUGCGCCAGCCGCCGUUCAGUCCGCUCUCGCCCCAGCCCCCACCGCUCUCCAAGCGCGCCAGCCUGUUCGUCUGGGUGACGCUGCAGAGCAUCCCGACCGAGACGGUUGUGUCGCCGCACAUCCUCGACUUCCUGGACCAGCUGUUCGAGCUGCUGCCGAUGACGCGUGGUCUCAGCGUGCUGCCGCCCUCGCCCGAGGCGCUGGACGCCGACCCGCUGGCCGCCCAGCCGGGCAGCUACGCCGGCUCCUUCCCGGUCGACGUCAUCGUCUUCUUCCACAUGCAGCCGUCGACGUUUCGCUUCUCGUGCCUGCCCGUGUCCAAGGUGGAGUGUCUGCUACGACUGCCGAGCCUGGAUCUGGUGUUCUCCUCCAAACGCUCCGAUCUGGAGCUCACGUGA